UUGCUUCCAUCUGCUGUUGCCUAAAAGAACUGCAUGCAGAGUGAGAAUCCAAACUAGUUCAAAUAUUUAAAGCAUAGAGGACAUCCUACUUGAUGGUAUUCAAAAUAUAUCUGGCCAUCAACGCCUACAUUUGUUUUCAUCUCAUGUUGUUCAAUCAGAGGUGUGUAAAUGUGAGCAUUCACAGAUUACAUAACGGUUGUUCAUGUGCCUGAGCAAGAAGACCUCCAAAAGAGAAUUUCCUACAUGCUAUUUCUUGAAUUUUCACUUUUUUUCCUUUAAGUUGAAUCAAAUUACUAUGACUAUUAGAUAUAUUUUGCAUUCUUAGUCCAAUCAUUACACCUCCAAACAACUAAGGGGGUUAUGCUGGGCACAGUUGAAUCAUUUAGUUUAGUGGUUCCCAAUUUGGGAGUUGGGACCCUCCAAGGGGUCAGUAAAAAUAUACAUUUCAGGGAUUGUGAAACGAAAAGAGGACAUUUGCAUUUGCUACAUAAAAAUGUCAUUUUUUUCUUUUUACAGACAUUUUUUACAGCAUUACUGUUUGUCUCGAGAAUUACUGGAACAUUCCACCUCUUAAGACCUAUACAACACACUGAGUUACUUUGUGGUCUGAGUUAUAGAUCCUGUUUUAGAUCCUGUGUCUCAGGACCCAUCAAGAAACUUGCUGAAAAGCCCAGCAAGUGUCUACAUGUGUAGUACGAGCAGACCUGAUAAACACUUAAGAUUAUUCCACUGAUUCACUGAGACACUAUGAUCCAUGUUUUUUACUUCACGGCGAUGCUAUAACGCUUUAUGGUCCCAUCGUUCGCGUAACAAACCAUAAUGAACCUCUCUCAGGGUCCACAGUUCAAUGUGUUUUCACACUCGUUAACACUGAGCGCACCUCUGGCGCCCUGGUGUGGUAUUGGUCAGUAGUUGCACCACGAUCCGUCGCAGCAAUAACACGUCAUCAAUAUUAGACGCACGACCGUAAGAAACCAGCAGCAAUAAUGCUUUUCUACUCGUUUUUCAAGUCGCUGGUGGGGAAGGAUGUGGUGGUGGAGCUCAAAAACGACUUGAGCAUCUGCGGAACGCUUCAUUCUGUUGACCAGUACCUGAACAUUAAGCUCACAGACAUCAGUGUCACUGAUCCAGAGAAAUAUCCACACAUGCUGUCCGUGAAAAACUGUUUCAUCCGUGGAUCGGUGGUCCGGUACGUUCAGCUGCCCGCGGAUGAGGUGGACACUCAGCUCCUGCAGGACGCUGCGCGAAAAGAAGCGAUGCAGCAGAAGCAGUGAUUGACCUGAAGGACGGGGGGGGGGGGGGGAUUUUUGUGACCGUGAAUUAUGAUAUAGUUUUUAGUUACAUUCAGGAUGAUACGGUUUGUGCAGCUCUUGUGAUUUAAGCGGUGUUGGUCAUGUUCCUGUGCUUUCACAGGGAACUCCAUUGCAUUCCUUAAUUAUGGGAAAGCCGUCUGGAAGGCUUCAUUUGAGACUGCCCUUUUUAUUUAGUAUGAAAGAAAUAGAACUAAAUUACAUUUUUUGAGCCCGGUUGUAGUGUUUGUCUGUUGUAGUGUUUCUGUUGCGUAAAACAAGCGCUGUUGCUUACCUUUAAAAAAAAAAAAAAAAAUUUUUUUUUUUUUUUAUGCCACUUCAAAAUAAAAACGCUAUUUUAUUUA